UGCUCGGAAGAGGGAAGACUCAAUGCAGAAGGAAGGCUCUCUCCUUGGGCAUUGAACCACGAGAUCAACCCACGUUGCAGAACAUUGUUUUUUUUGUUUGGACUGGUUUUUUUCUUUAGUUCUUUUUAAAGGUGUAAGUGACUGUUGAAUGCAAUGAAGUCUUCAAACAGUCGCCCCUGCAGAGUGGGCACAAACCCCUUCGUCCACGACCUGAAAUUCACCGUGACAGAGAAAAUAAAGAUAGGACUGAUGUCGGUUACAGUGUUUCCAGUGCGGCUGCUGCUCGUGUCCUUCUUCAUGCUGCUGGGGUGGCCCUUCGCCUUCGCAGCCUCCCUGAGGCGAUCUGAUUUCGUCAUUGAGCAACCGUCGUUGUGGAUGAGCUUCAUAGACCUGAGUCUCCGUGUGAUCAUGCGAGCCUUGUGGUUUUGCGGAGGCUUCCAUUGGAUCAAGGUGAAAGGUGAACGGGUGGCGCCCUCUGAAGCUCCCAUCCUCACCGUGGCGCCGCACUCCUCCUACUUUGAUGCCAUCCCAGUCACCAUGACCAUGUGCUCCAUAGUCACCAAGCUGGAGAGUAGGAGCAUUCCCGUCUGGGGCACUCUGAUCAGCUACAUCAGGCCGGUGUAUGUGUUUCGGUCGGAUCAGGACUCCAGAAGAAAAACUGUCGAGGAAAUCAAGCGGAGAGCCCAGUCCGGAGGGGAGUGGCCUCAGAUCAUGAUAUUCCCAGAGGGGACGUGCACCAACAGGUCGGGGCUCAUCUUGUACAAGGCUGGUGCUUUCAUACCAGGACUCCCAGUGCAGCCUGUGGUGCUACGCUACCCAAACAAACUGGAUACUAUUUCCUGGACGUGGCGAGGUCCCGGAGCGUUCAAGAUCCUCUGGCUCACUCUGUGCCAACCUCAUAAUCCAUUGGAGAUAGAGUACCUGCCUAUUUACACUCCAUCAAAUGAGGAGAAGGAGAACCCUGCCUUGUUUGCCAACAAUGUCAGAAAGCUCAUGGCCAAGGCGCUGGAUGUUCCACUCACAGACCUGUCCUUCGAUGACCGUGAGAUCAGCCUAUCACGGGGCCCGCUGCGCAUACACGACUACAGCAGCCUGCUCGAGUUCCACCAGCUUGUGUGCCGCUUGGGGCUGAGAGCAGGGAGGACAGAUGAAGGUCUGGAGGAGCAGGCCAGGAGAGCCAGGAAGCUGCAGGGAGACCGGCUGAGUUUAGAGGACUUUGCCCAGUUCCUCAACCUGCCAGUUACAGACACACUCACACAAGUCCACAGCCUCUUCGACCAACAUGAAGACGGACAGAUAGACGUCAGACAAUACGUUGUUGCUCUGUCUACCGUUUAUCAACCAUUAAAGUCAAUGGAGACCCUCAAACUGGCCUUUAAGAUGUAUGAGAACGAGGAGAACGGGUACGUCAUAAAAGAGGACCUCGCCGCUAUCUUUGAGAUCAUGUUGGGAGUGAAAAAGGUGGAGCUUUCAGGUCUCUUUUCAUCGCUUGACGGACCUCACGCAGCCAAGAUCACAUAUGAUGAACUUCAUCAUUUCAUAGAGCAGCACCCACUCUUCGUCCAGGAUAACCUCGAUUUUGAAAACCAUCCGCGCAACAGCUGCAUCAGCAAACCCAAGAGCUGCAACGGCCACAGCAAAGACGACUGAGGAACGGACCGCCACGCAAACCACUCUAUUGACCUUCUCUACCUGAUGUAGCAGCGACUCGGAAACACUGCGGCUUUCUCUACCACCUUCUGUGCCUUCAAGCGCCGGAAGAGAAAGGAAGUGACGGAGUAACAGAAGUUGUACGGAGUCGGCGAGGAUGGAUCAGGACGGCACAGAUGAUGGAAACACUUCUCUCUGUUCUCUUCUGAACUUAUGAAUCGCCUUCCUUUGCAAUUUUUUUUCAUCACUCUUGUGAUAUAAAGAAACAAUUUUUGUUUUUGCUUUUUUCUCUGCAGAUGUAUUAUUUAUUUUUACAUUUAUUUUCUUAUCUAUGCGAACAGAUAUUUAAGAAAUCCGUGGAUUAAAAAAACACUUUUGUUGAUCUCAGGCUAAUGGACGCUAGCACAUUGCCCUAUAUAUCCUGCUGCUCUUCACAUAGUGUAGAAACAUAGAAACCUAACUUCAGGUAAAAGAGGAUCAUUGUAUGAUAACUACCACUCCUAACUAUGAAAUAAAUAAAUAAAUAAAUAAUUCCUUAUGUCAAGCAGCUGUGUCACUGCCAUAGAUUUACAACGCCUUCUUAAAAUAAGGGGGUUGACAUUUGACAAGGACCAGGAAGUGACUCAUUAUGUUUUGAAUAGGAAUCAAAUCUUCCAACACUGUAUUUUAUUUUAUAAUUUUAUUUGGUAAUGGUGAUGAGUUAUGUGUUUUUUUUUUUCUCCACCUUCAAGGGAAAUAUUUUAAAAAAAGGUACAGGUUUUCUAUGAAAAAACAUUUAAGAUGAUUGAUAAGAGCAACAAAUCUUUCCUUUAAAUCUCUAACAGAUGGAUAUUACACAAACUGCUUCUUCAUUUUCCUGAGACUGGGCAUUUCUAGGCUGUUUUGACAUAUUGAUCUCAGCUGGUUUACUCUGGAGUGACACAUUUUGUACCUUGCAACUGUAAAGUGUAAUUUCUCGAUUAGAGACUUAAAUGCAGAAAUCAAAGCUCCUUGCCUUUAUUUUAAUAAAAAAGAAAGAAAGAAAGAAAAAGAAAGUGUUGUCACUGUCUGUCUUUAUCCACUAGGGGGAGCUCUGCUUUCACUUA